GAGAGAGAGAGAGAGAGAGAACUGUUUAAACGUCAACGCAAAUGUGUGAGCUCUUGCCAGUCUACCCACGACGAGAUGAGCGAUCAGCUCCCGCCAUCCGCUCCAUCCCAGAGGGUCCGAAACCGCGCGAUACUAUCGCAGCUCACACACUCACAUUCGCACUCAAUCGAGGGGAUUUCGUGCGGCAGUUUGAUUUUUGUUUGUUGUUGCAAUGGAUCAUAAAGUCUCCCGCCGCUCUUCUCCUUCCUCCAUCAACCUAUGGAUUUCUAUGAUCGCGCUCAUCUGACUCCUCGAACCCGCGGAUCGGCGCGCGGACACCGGGCGGCAGCAGCACGCUCCAGAGCUGUGCCCAAAGCGCAGCAGUUGACGGAAUCACCGCCUCCGGAGAUGAUGGGACGCCGUGCGUUAGUUUUGCGGUAUAACGGUGCCGGAAUAGGAAUAGAGUCUUCUUGAAGCCCUUUUCUUUAUUUUUUUUGGAGGAAUUUACCGGGGUGAACCGAGGGGUCCGCGUGCCAGGAUGACGCGCUCCAACCGCGGCUUCAUCGCCCUCAUCCUCAACGGAACCGCUUGUCUGUUCGCCCUGGCCCACGAGGACUCCGUCUCCCGGGGCCCGAAGGCCCACCCUCCGGCGGACGAGUCGUCCGAGGCGGUGGGGCUCCUGGGCGGGGGUCACAGUCAGGUCUCCCCGCUGAGCCGCUGGAUGCUGCAGAGCAAGAGUCGGGCGGCCAACGCCACCUCCCUGGAGCUGCCCUACCGCACGCCCGUGCCCUUCGCCAAGCAGGAGUUCUCCAAGCAGGAGUUCUGGGAGAUGCUGGGCAGCGACCUGCUCAAGCCCGACGCCUCGGGGUCCCGCGUCAAGCGGCGGCCGAUCGUCAAGACGGGCAAGUUCAAGAAGAUGUUCGGCUGGGGCGACUUCUACUCCAACAUCAAGACGGUGCGCCUCAACCUGCUGAUCACCGGCAAGAUCGUGGACCACGGCAACGGCACCUUCAGCGUGUACUUCCGCCACAACUCCACGGGCCAGGGCAACAUCUCAGUCAGCCUGGUGCCGCCCGUCAAGGCGGUGGAGUUCGACCUGGAGCGCCAGAGCGUCGUCUACCCCAAGGACUCCAAGAUCUUCAACUGCCGGGUGGACUACGAGAAGGUGGACCGCAGCAAGCGCACCUCGCUGUGCAACUACGACCCGUCCAAGACCUGCUUCCAGGAGCAGACCCAGAGCCACGUGUCCUGGAUCUGCUCCAAGCCCUUCAAGGUCAUCUGCAUCUACAUCUCCUUCUACAGCACGGACUACCGUCUGGUGCAGAAGGUGUGCCCGGACUACAACUACCACAACGAGAUGCCCUACCUGCCCUCCGGCUAGAGGCUGGAGGCUGGAGGCCCCGGAGAGGAGGAGGAGGAGGAGGAGCAGGAGCAGGAGCAGGAGGAGGAGCAGGAGGAGGAGCAGGAGGAGCAGGAG